AUGGUAGUGUGCUCCCAUGCAAUCAGAAACAGGGGUGCUUUGUUGCAGCGGAUUCACAGGUCACACAUAUGGUUCAUCCCUUCUAUAGUGUGGAGCCACAUCUGUGCGCAGGUUCAUGUCCACCGUGAGGCCAUGGUUGAACACAAAUUGGACGAGGCCUAUUUGAGGAAGAGGACGCGUGUGCUGAUACGCAACCAUGUAAUCGUCACCAAGGAUGCCGCCCACCGCACUGAUGGCCAGGCGCAGUACAGGCAGAAGUCCAUGCAGCACCUCCUGAAUCUGGGGUCCAGGGUGUUGAAGGAGGAAGUUGCAGAUGAAGGAGCCCCUGGUCUGACUGGAGCCAGUCCAGAUCAGGAAGCCGAUGGAGACUGUGAGCCAGGUGGCCUUCCAGCACAGCCAGGAACUGAAGACACCAACAUUGAGGAUGGUUUUCCUGCUUUUGAAGCAACACCUUUUGGCUCAGCAGAGAAUUGUGAAGGACGUGAUGAUGCUUACAAGAUUUUGUCACGCUUUCAGGACAGAGCUGCGAAGUUGCUCAAUACUGCUGCGUUUCCUCCUAGUACGAGGAAUCCUUUCUCAUCCAUUACCGUGCACACAGCUGCUGGGGCCAGGCGCAGUUACAACUCAAAGCGCCCUCAUCAAGGCCAGAGGUUGCAGGUCACCAGGGGCACCACGGUAGGAAAUGAGAUGUACGAGGGCCGCAUUGCACGGCAGGCUGCCUCCUCCACAACAUGGUCACCAGUGGUUCGAACAAGCAGCAAUGGGCGGGUGGCCUUUCUUUUUGUGGGAACACAAGCAGGGCACAUCCUAGUUUGGAAGUACCAGUGCCCCACAUUCCAGGGCAGGUUGGCCACGAUGGCUGCUGGGGAUCCCUUUGUGCUCAUGGGUUGUGUGCAAUCGCACUCGAGCGGUGUGACAUCGCUGAAGUGUGACGUGAUGAACGUCCCAGUGGAUGGGAAGAAGCCCUCAGGAACAAUGAAUGUGGUGGUGCUUGUUUCAGGCAGUGUCACAGGGGAGGUUAGGGUGCAUGGGGCCGAUGCCCAGGAUCUUGCACUGUUGCCCGAUGCCACCCUCCCAUUGGGGUCCGUGCUUUCUGCAUGGGGUCCCAUCGUUGGGCCAGAUUUGAGGCCCGUGACAUGCAUGGCCCUUGGGUCGUUGGGUGGUCCACAAGGGGAGCGGUAUGUUGUGGUCGCUGUGGGCAAGACUGUGGGGACAGUAGUGUUGUGGAAGAGCGUUGAUGUGCAAAGGUUGAGCACGGUGGAAGCAGCAGCAUGGAUCCAGGAGGGCCGCUGCACCACAAAAGGGAAGGCACAUGGUGCAUCAACAGUAACAGGUGUGACAUGGUUGGCCGCAGGCAUUGCCUGCAGCGCCAGCCAGGAAGGCGGUCUCAAAAGCUGGCAGUUUGAAGGCGCCAAUGUUAAGGAGGUGGCUCCUCCGCAGUACGGGCCAUCGCCAGGGCUCUACGAAUCACCUGUACCGAAUGGGGAGAUGUUUGCCUUUCAUGGGAUAGCACCAUCAGGCAAUGGCCUGCUGCUUGCCGUGCUUCAUGAUCGGGGAGAGAAGCACUGGGACGCUCAAGCAAGCAGGAUGAACUUUGACAGGCUCAUUGGUGCUGACAUCCGCAUAUUGAGCAAGGUAGUCUGUUGCAGGACAUCGCCAAGCAUCCCGCCACUGGCAAGACUGGUGCUUUAG